CUCUUUUGUUCCGUGGUGGUUGGCAUCUCGGCCCGGGUUUUAAACACUACCAGCCCCGCCGACCCAGCCCUCCUCUCCCCCCGACAGUAUCAGCACACGGACCCCGACUCGGGCACCCAGCUGGACUGUGACAAGUGCCCGGCAGGAACCCACGUGUCGCUCCACUGCUCCCUCACAGCCGUGAGGGAGUGCAGCCGCUGCCCUGAAGGCACCUUCACACGGGGGGAGAACGGGCUGCAGAAAUGCCAUCCCUGCCGGAGUCCGUGUCCGGGGGGUUUCGUUGAGAAAGCAACCUGCAAGCCCACCCAGGACCGAGUCUGCACAUGUCCCACCAACAGCUUCCUGUCUGGGGCUGGGGGCACAGAGUGUAAGCCCCACUCGCUGUGCCCACCAGGGACCAGGGUUAGGAGGCGGGGCAGUGAAACAGACGAUGUGGUGUGUAAGCCAUGCACCAAGGGAACUUUCUCAGACUCCAGUUCACUGAAGUGCCGAACCCACACGAUCUGCCAUGCUCAGGGGCUGCUCACGUCGGGGACUAGAGAGACAGAUAAUGUAUGUCGACCCCUUUCUACCUCUUCAGCCAAGCCUUUCACCACAACCCCAUUACCGGGACCUGCAAAAGCUGUGCUUCUACAGGAACCUUCAUCAGCAACGCCUCCAUCAGCACUGAGUGGACCUGUACAUGAAGGUCAGAGACCCUCCUCAUAA